AUGGAUUGGACAGAUGCUAACCAAAAUUUGUUGGAAGAAUAUAUGAACGAUUAUAUCAAAAAAGUCCUGGAAGUUUCAUUAUUUUACUCAAACAUAAACUACACUAAGUUAGCAUCGAUUGUUGAUUUUAAUGACAUUGACAUCAUAAAAUUAAGAAUUGAUGAAAUAUACGAUGAUCAUUUCAUAAUACAAGAUGAUUUGUCAUAUUCUAGACUAAAAGCCAGGGAUAACAACCAAGGCACUGCUGAUUAUUUUAAAACCCUUCAAUCCUUAGAUCUACAGCCGUUCGAGAAAAUGCCACAGGCACAACAUCAACCUCAUGCAUCUAUCAAUGAUACUACUGAAACAGUCACGAUUGAGCCAUCUCCCAAGAUAGAGAUGCCAAAACUAACGAAGAAGGAAAGAAGACAGUCCUUGGACUUAAUGUAUUCACGACCUUCUUUAGGUGUACGUAAAGAAAGUCAAUUAACAACUGAUCCCGCAAUAAGUACAACCAAUAUUAAUGUCAUUGCAAGUUCAAAAGCAGUACCGAAGAAUUCAAAAAAGAAUAAUGAAGCGAAAUAUAAUCCGUCGGCAAAACCGGGAGUAGCGACUACCAUCAAACGAAGACGGACUUCCUUAGUAGGAGAAAAAUUACCAAUCUAUAUACGGAAACAACUUUCAGAGAAUCGUCAAGUCCAAAGAAUAACCCCCAAGUCAUCGAUAAAACAUAUGGCAUUGAACCAAAAUAAAAGUAAAAUUGGGACUAAAUCUCAAGAUCCACAAGAACGUUACCUGCCUUCAAAUUCAGACUUUUCAAAGAAGCAAACACGAUUGCAGAAUCUUCUUAGUAAUUCGCAAUCAUUAUACGCACACUCAAAUUCCAAUGAGGUAGACUCGACCACGAAUACUUCAGUGCUGGAAAAUAGGUUGAGGUAUGACACAGAAGAUGACGAUAAGGAGUAUAUAUCUCCUGAUCUGUUGGCUAAAUAUUAUGGUUUACAGUAUGAAGGUGAAGAAGAGACUUUUGAAGAAGAAGACGAAGAAGAAGAAGAUGACGAGGAAGACAACGAAUAUAUGAACUUAGAAAGUAAUAAUGACCGAUAUUUUAAUGGGAAUGAUGAAAAUGACUAUCUAUUUAAAGUUAAAUAA